AUGGCUUCCAUACUAUGGAUAACUUUGCUGAAAGUUUUGCUUGCCCUUAUCGUUUGGAUCGGCGCGAGAAUUAUCUACAACAUAUACUUCCACCCACUACAUUCAUUUCCUGGCCCGUUCUUGGCUCGUGCAACACGACUUUACUCGGCUUACAUUCGAGCUGCUGGAUUAUCUGAAAGGAAAUCACUCCAAUGGCACAACCAGUACGGCGGUAUUGUAAGAAUUGCGCCAGACGAACUCAGCUUUAAUACAGGCUCCGCAUGGAAUGACAUAUAUGGCAUGAAACCGAGGGAUUCCCAGCGUCUUCAGAAGGACCCACACUUCUACAUGGGUGCAACUACCCCUAGUGGGGAGAAGAAUAUGGGGGCUGCUGGUGAUAAGGACCACAGUCGUAUUCGCAGUGUACUAGCCCAUGCGUUCUCGGACAGAGCGCUGCACGCUCAGGAAAGCCUGAUUCGAGCUCACGCAGACCGACUGGUACAACGUCUUCAAGACCUCCAUGGCAAGCCAACUGAUAUCGUGCGAUGGAUGCACCACCACUCAUACGAUGUGAUUGCACACCUGUGUUUCGGUCAAGACCUUGAUGCUUUGGGCUCGAAAGACUGGUUCCCUCCAGCCCGAGCUGUGUUCGAAGGCAUCCGAGAAGGCGUGACUAUGAUAGAAGUUUUGCGAUUUGUCCCCUUCAAAGCCACCGUGUUAAAUAUUUUCGUCUGGGCGUUUGGCAAAGCUCGUCGUGAGAGUUUCAAUGCUUCGGUGGCUCGUGCAAUGCGACGCCUUCGUCUAGCAGAGACGACAAGUAUCGAUUUUAUCUCAUUCAUAUUGCGAGCCAAAGAAUCGACCAAAGAACUUACAGAGUCGGAGCUGACUGCAAAUGUUACCUUGUUAAUCGAAGCUGGAUCCGAGACCACAGCUACUAUGCUCUCAGGGUGCCUGUUCUAUCUAUCUCUGAAUCGGACCAUAUUAGAGGAACUGACCCAUCAGCUACGUAAAGAGUUUAGGACCUAUGACCAAUUAACCCUCCAAAACGUAGCAAAGAUGAAGUCUUUAACCCAUGUUAUCCAAGAGAGUCUAAGGAUCUACCCUCCACUGCCAGCGACUCUUCCUCGGGUAACCCCAGAAACAGGAGCAAUGAUAAAUGGGGUUCUCAUACCACCAAAGACUCGAGUGGGAAUGAACGCAUUUGCAGCAUAUCACAGCACGCAAAAUUUUGCACACGCUGAUGCGUUCAUUCCACAAAGGUGGGACAACACCGACGAUAGAUUUGCUCAUGAUCAUCGUCACGUGCAUCAACCUUUCUCCCUAGGCUCUCGUGGUUGCCUAGGCAAGAAUUUGGCUUGGGCUGAGAUCAGAUUGACAUUAGCCUGUCUUCUGUGGAGCUUCGAUGUGAUCUUAGAAGCGGGCCAGGAAGAGUGGCAUGGUAAGCAAUUGACCUGGUUUAUAUGGAAUAAAGAUCCGCUUUACAUGCGCUUCACUCAGAGAACGAAGUAG